UCCGUCUCCAUUCAGAUAACUAUUUCAAUUACUUAGCUCGUUGUGAGUGUUCAGCAUUCUAUAAGAGCUAUUCUACGAGUGCUAUUCUACAAGAGCUAUUUUACAAGUGCGCGUCGCGUGAAAGUUCACCGUCUAUCUACAAUGUCGUCAUCAGCAGCAGACAUAUCAUUUGGUGCGAUGACACCAGAUCCUAAAGCCAUCAGCGUUACUGAACAGGAGGAUGUCAUUGGUGGCACAAUUGAGAGAAAGUCUUCAAAGUCAUCCAUCACGAGGGCAGAUGACCAGUCGAUCCCAUCUCCUCCGCUAUCACCUUACCAGAGUGCAGCAUCGUCUUCCGAUGCGAUGACCACACCGCGUCAAAUUCCAGAGGUUUUAAUCACGGGACUCAACGCUAAGGGGAAACAGUCAGAUGAUCACAUUGAUACCAUAUUGGUACUCCCUGGUCAAAAGGUUGCGGAAUUCCCAAUUGACAACUUUGAAAAAUUCCCACUGGUUGUAAAGUAUACUUGUCGUAUGGGCUUGUCCAAGGGGAUCACUAAAGCUACUCCACAGAGAAAAUAUCAACCUAGAAAGGUUCACAAGCCUUCAAAUUACUACAACUCUGAUUCGGAUUAUAGCUCAACCUUUGAGAAGGUUAGAACACGUCGUGUUGUCAAAGAGACCAACAACACUGACGUCGAUUCUGAAACGUCCAAGGUUUCCACUCCACCUCCAAAGAGAAGAAGACCUGCUGCCACAUCACCUACAGUUCCUGUAAACGUUGAUUGGGAGUCAUUGCCUGAUUUCUCUCCUUCUGUGGAUACCCUUCCUAACAACAACAGAUGCAUGAAAGUUGAGUGGAAAGGCCAACCUAUGGACUUGAAAUCGGAUCCAUUGGUUAGCCAUCUACACCCUGCAGAAAUUGUCCUUGCUUCAACACUUAGAUUGCCGUGUGCAUUGUACUUGGAUUCUAAGAGAAGACUCUUUGCAGAGAAAGUUUCACGGAUGAGAAAGGGCUUACCGUUCAGAAGAACUGACGCACAGAAGUCAUGCCGUAUUGAUGUCAAUAAGGCAUCGAGGUUAUUUGCUGCAUUCGAGAAGUGUGGAUGGUUAGACGAUGGUCUGUUUGAGAAGUACGUGUGAUUCCAGAAUUGGAAUGUUUCAAUGUUGUACUGGUUUCUAUAUGCUAUUUUUUGCCAUUGGGGGGUUUUUUUAUCAUGGAAGAGACUAAUCGAUCACUGUGAACGUUUCUAAUUGUUCUCUCUUCCUGUUUUCUAUUGGUCAAAGUGGGUGUACAUUGUACACCACUGGUUGGUACUUUGGGUGUUUCUUUUCUUUUCUUUCUACUUAUGGUUUUUGUAUUUGGUUUGUAUUACUAUUUUCACAUAUGGGAUAUGUUUAUUAUAACUGGCGACUGAUACACCGGUGCGGUGUAUCAAACUUGGAUAACAAUUAAUGAUAC